UUCUUAGGCGGCCCGAGGACGCCAUGGCCGAGUGCCCGAUACUCGGGGAGGAAGUCACCGACCACCCGGACCGCCUGUGGGCCUGGGAGAAGUUCGUGUAUUUGGACGAGAGGCAGCGCGCCUGGCUGCCCUUAACCAUUGAGAUACAGGGUCUCGCUCUGUCACCCAGGCUGGUCUCAAACUCCUGGCCUCAAGCGAUCCUCCUGCCUCUGCCUUCCAAAGCACUGGAAUUACAAGUGUGAGCCACUGCAACCGGCCAGAAAAAAGUGUGCCUUUCAUGGCCCUGUCUGGGUGGCUAGACACAUGUGCGUGCUGGUGGUCCUGGCCCAGCCAGAGUCCCUGAGGGGAGCAUGCAUGGCCUAAGGAAGUGAGCUUCAGGGAACAGUGAUGACCAUCAUUCCACACUCGGACCCCUGCCCAGAUGGGUGGGUGGCUGGCAGGAAGGAUUCCGGUUUUCUGUGCCUGGAGGAGCCCUGGCAAGCGGAACCUGAAAGUAUGCCCUGUCCUUUUCUUCUCCUCAGAUAAAGGAUAGGUUACGGUUACGGGUGCUCUUGCGUCGGGAAGACAUCGUCCUGGGGAGUCCUAUGACCCCCACCCAGAUAGGCCCAAGCCUGCUGCCUGUCAUGUGGCAGCUCUACCCUGAUGGACGAUACCGAUCCUCGGACUCCAGUUUCUGGCGCUUACUGUACCACAUCAAGGUCUUGCAGCACCUGUCUCCUUUCACCCCAGGGUCUGAGCCUGGCCAGCCUACAAUGGGGAUGUUGUGUUUCUGUUCACCUUCGUUUAUUACGCCUGUGUCUUCUCCACCACGCUGGGGUCUGGGAGGAACGGACGGACAGAGGAUGAGCUCUACCCAGGGCCUGCUGGACCUGCCUGUAGCCCACUCUGCUCGCCUUAGCACUACUACUCCUGCCAAGGAGGACUCCAUUUGGCAGAGCUUCUUCCAGGUGCCCAGCUAUACCUGUGCCUUGGCUUUUCUCAGCUGGCUGAUGGUCUUCGGCCUCUUUUGUCCCUCUGUCCCUCACAGCACUAGUGUUUCAUGUUGCACACCCACUCAGCUCCAUGAACUUUGAGAACACAGCCGAUUCACCUGAGCAGGACCUCUGAAACCCUGGACCAGUGGUCUCACAUGGUGCUACGCCUGCACGUAAACACGCCUGCAAACGAUGCCUGCCCACACAGGUUCAGGUGCAGCUCAAGGAAAGGCCUGAAAGGAGCCCUUAUCUGUGCUCAGGACUCAGAAGCCUCUGGGUCAGUGGUCCACAGCCUGGGACGCAGCAGGAGGCCAGGCCGGCGAGCCCUGUGGAUGAGCCCUCAGAACCCUUGGCUUGCCCACGUGGAAAAGGCAUAGAGGUUGGGUUUCCCCCCUUUUAUAGAUGGUCAUGCACCUGGGUGUUACGAAGUUGUAUGUGGCAUGAAUACUUUUUGUAAUGAUUGAUUAAAUGCAAGAUAGUUUAUCUAA